AAGCCACAGCUCAAGAAUACAAGUACGUGGGCAUUUAUUGAGUCUGAGCAUCAGUAUGAUGGUCUCGUUUAGGGACGCUACUUCAAUGAUCACAAGUACCCGAGAUGCGACUCCAAGCACGCAACUAAUGUUUCCUAGUACCGCACAAUUGGAGUCAGUUCAAUCACCUACUACAGCGCAGCCUUCGACCUCGUCUACACCCCACCCAGAUACUAUUCACGCGGAUCCCCCAGCCAGUGCCUCCAUCCCGAGAAUCCUUCCAAAACCUCAGCCAAAUCCUGCUGCUCCACCCAGUGCGCUUAAGUUUUCAAAUGAUGUAACGGAGUCCCCUGUAGAGAAAAUACGGCCAUCUCGCAUGCCAGCGAGGAUACCUCCACGACCGGCAUCUACUGAACUGACGACAAUAAGUGAGCCUGCAGCUCCUGCGAAUGCUGUUGCGCCAACAGUUGCCAAAGAACUCAACGAAGAAGAAAUCACAUCCGUUGUAGUUGAUGUUGUUAUGACCGGCCCACCAACGGAAAAUGUGCCUCAAGGUUCAGAAAUACUCACGCCAGGAAACGUCGCUCUUGAGCUCACCACGCCAUCGCCAAAACAAACUACCGAUCCCCCAGCUCCAAGGCAGCCACUUGCGAUAGACGAAAUAACAAUAUUUUCACCUCCGGUGGAUAAUACCUGUCCGCAAGUCGCUUGUGCAAGAUCCAGAGGGGAGAUGGCUGUGAUGAUGUUUCGGCAAGGACUCGAGUCACCUCGCGGAACGAUCAACCUUACGUUCGAUCUCGAUCAUACACUCUAUCUCCAAAUUGCUCGGUGGGCUAAGCGCAAGUUGUCACCAACAGAUUUGGAACAAAGUGUCUGUGUGUCGUUCGCUUGUUAUCAUCUCCCUAGUCUCUUGCCAAAUCCACCGGAAGAUGAUCAGCCAACUCCGUUCGAGAAACUUACGAUGGAUUCGCAAUGCUCGUGGCCCGCAACUGGGGACCUUUCACUGCAGACAAAACGGGAUGGGAAGGAUUUUAUUAUUCCACUAGCUCUACCCAUUUUCGUUACUGCAGACAAUUGCGUUGAUAUCUCCGCAUCUAUCAGAAGCGGAGAAAAUACUUUUUCGAUGGUCCAACAGAGCGACAUGUCAGACUAUAUGUUCAUUCUCCACGCCCAUCAUCCCACGCCUGCGCAGCUUAGCUAUCUUGCUUCCUGCAGACAGAAGCGUGAGGAUUGGGCGAAGACCACGCGUGCUUUUUGCACAUCCGAACGGAAAUCUUUAUGGAGGCGAUCCUAGUCGCGGACAUGAAGGGUUCGUCAUAAUUAGUAUUCUUGUAAUUGACCCCCGAACUUCGCAGUCCCGUUGUGUAUGUAGUACUUGUGCAUUUCUAAUC